AUGGAAGACGCAAUAAAAGCCGUCCAAGGGGGAGCUUCAAUCCGUGUGGCCAGUGAGCAGCACAAUGUGAAGAUGUCGACCCUGUACGGCCGACUAACUGGCAGAACUCACAUCAGAGGCCGCCCGUCAAUUAUUCCAAGGGAGAAGGAGAAGCUAUUGUCGAACUACGCCAAGUCAAUGGCUGAUAUGGGGUUCGGCUUGAGUAGAGUUUCUCUCUUGUACUUCACUACAGCAUCCAUACAAGCCCUGGCAGCUGAUUUAGUGAGACGUGAGACAGGCCAGGAAUGUCCCAGUCUAGGGAAAGGCUGGUGGCGAGGAUUCAAGCGACGACAUCCCGAGAUUUGUGUGAGACGGCCACGUUCCCUCGAAGAGGCACGGGCCAGGAACGCCAGUGCAGAUACCCUUCACCAGUUCUACGACGUCCUGGAGAAGACGAUAAGCACCUACAAGCUUCAGCCAAAUCAUAUUUGGAAUUGUGAUGAAAAGGGUUUCAACCCGGACCCCCUGCCCAGUAAUGUCGUGGCCAGUCGGACCAGCCGGGCAACACAUCAGCAGCACAGGAAAUCCCAUGAUCACAUAACGGCCAAUGUGUGUGUGAGUGCAGCUGGCAACAGCAUGCCACCGCACAUCAUCUACAAUCGAAAGCAGCUGUCACCUGCACUUGUUGCAAACGGGCCACCGGGUGCGGUGUACAGCACCAGCACCAGCGGUUCGAUGGACGGCGAGCUGUUCCAGGAUUGGUUCGCCAAAGUCUUCCUGGCCAACACCAGCCGGGACACGCCGCAGCUCCUGAUCAUGGACAACCAUGCCAGCCACCUGAAGGUGGCAACGUUGGACAUGGCCAGGAGCAGCAAUGUGAUCUUCCUUGCCCUGCCGUCAAAGACUACACAUGUCUUGCAGCCGCUAGACAAAGCAGUGUUCAGCAGCCUUGGGCAGCAUUAUCAGUCAGUGUCAGCUGCAGCCCGUCUGGUUAAGCCUGAUCAUAAGCUCACAAUUGCGGACUUCCCCAAGAUUUUCACCGAGGCGUAUGUGAAGGCGGUCACCCCGGCGAACAUUCUGGCCAGCUUUAAACAAACUGGCAUUAGUCCACUGGACCGCCUCGCUGUUCCGCCUGCUGCUCUUCUGCCGUCGACUGUCCAUGUGGCCACAGCCCAGCCUGAAGCCAACGUUAUUACCCCUGAAGACAGUGACGACGAUCUGGUAGCACAGGAGCCUGACAUUGCUGCAGCAAUUCCAGGACACAGUGUCCAUCCACUAGCACAAUCGAUGGUAUCGGCGGGAAUACUCAGCGAGAACACUGUUCAGCUAUUCCUGACUCCUGUUGUGAGCCACAGUCGUCUGCCGUCUGCUGCUGCUCAAGCUCGGACGCUUACCGCAGAUUCCGUAUUCGAAGCCCUGCAGGAACGCGAAAGACAAAAACAACAAAAAGCUGCUGAGAAGGAGGCGAGACAACUGCAGCGUACGCAGAGGCGAGCACGGCCUUGUACGGCAGCAGAAACCGCAUCCGCAGCAGAAGCCACGCCGCCAGCAGAAGCCACGCCGCUAGCAGAAGCCACGCCGCCAGCAGCAGCCGUUCUGCCAAUCGAUUGUGCUCUGUGUGGGUCUCCAGGUGCUGAGAAAUGCACACGGUGUGAGUUUGCUUUCCACAAUGAGUGCACCUUGGCUGUUUCUUCUUCUGCCGGAUGCCUCAACUGCGGCCCUCCUCUGUGACCAACCACUAGUCUACUGAGUUCCAUGCGCUUUCAAUUCAUAAAAAAAAAUUUUUUAUUGAUGCUCUCCACUGAGUUAUACUACAUAAAACUGUGCGUGCUUUUCACAGAACUAAACCUAUGAUGGUAUGUCCCUUCUUUGCCAGUUUUCUCUUCAUAACCAAAGGUCACUUCUAUCCAGGACUCCUUGCAAUUCCAAUACAUCUUUCGAUACAAAUUUCGAAAUCGAUGCAAAUUUUGUUUGAGUGUUAUUUCCUCGAACACAUCAAUCUGAAGGGUAGCAACAGUUCCAGUUCCAACAACAAACUAUUAUACUUAUAUGUACAUGCCUUCAAUAGCUCGUUUGACCAUCGGCAAGAGGAGCUGAUCUGCCGUUUCUGAUUUGAGCACCCAAUUUUCAAAUAAAAA